UAUGUAAUAUAGAAUAAUAUUUAUAUUCCAAAUUAGAAGUCUGAUUUUAAGUAAAAUGUCCAACACAUUAGAAAAUGAAUCUGAAGUUUUACGAGAAGUACCCGAUGCUCUGCAGAGACUUAUCAGAUAUGUUGCAAGAGGAUUCUAUGGACUCGAACACGGCCUAGUUAUCGACGUACUUGUUCGAAACGCAUGUGUGAAGGAAGAUGACAUCCAAGAACUUUUAAAAAUGGACAAGAAACAACUACGAGCAAUGUUGGUUUUUCUAAAGAAUGAUAAAAUUUUGAAAGCAAGACUUUGCGUUGAAACUCAACCAGAUGGGAAUGUACUUCGUCACAAUUAUUAUUAUAUAAAUUAUAGAAGCAUUUGCAACAUAAUUAAAUAUAAGCUUCAUCACAUUCAUAAGAAAAUUGAGACGCAAGAACGAGAUUCAACAAAUCGUUCAUCAUUUCGAUGUCCAACUUGUCAAAACACUUAUUCUGAUCUCGAUAUUAAACUUCUCAUCGACCCAUUUCUAGGAACGUUAAAUUGUACGUAUUGUAAAUCUGAAGUGGAAGAAGAUGUUUCAGCGGAGGCAGCACAAGAUUCCAGAACAUUACAGGCUAAAUUCAAUGAACAGAUGGAACCAAUUUAUAAAUUACUUCGAGAAACAGAAAAUGUUAAUUUAUCGAUAGAAGUGUUGGAACCAGAACCUACAAUUAUACCUCACCUUCAUCCCAAUGCAAAACCAUCCCAAGCUCGACAGCGAGGGAACGCUGAUAAAAGUGGAUCUGGUCAUUGGACUGAUGUUAAAAGUGGAGGAUUGGAUUAUCAUCAAGAUGUUAUUAUUGAUAUUGGUGAUAAUCCUAAAGAAGACACUACACAAGCUAAAGAGGUUCCUAUUUGGAUCCAAGAAAGCACAAUUAAUAAAAAUGUUGAUGCAACAUCAGCAGCAAUAUCGUCAAUAUCAGGAGGGACAUCGAGUGUUCAAGAUCGAUUAAAAUCUCCAACUCGUGGAAACAAUACUAAUGAAAACGAUGAAGUUCUGGCUAUGCUUAUGAUGCAAGAAAGAAGAAAUAAUACAACACACGGUCAGUCAUCGUCUGGAAGAUACAAUGAUGGUGGAAAAUCUGACACAAGCGAAUCUGAUGGUGAAAAUACUGCCCGAAAUCGUCAUGGUGAUGAAGAGGACGAUGAUGAUGACGAUUUUGAAGAAGUUGAUGACAAUGACCCUGUAAUAAUGGUUGCCGGGAAACCAUAUAGCUACAGUGAAGUUGCUCAAAAAGGCCAACAACUUGUUCAACUCAUGACUUCUGUUGAGAAAGCUGCUUAUAUUGAGAUUGGACAGCAGAUGUACGAAGACAUGCAAGACUGAGCACAGAGAAUGAAUUUAAUGCUGACUGUCGGCUGCAGCAACUUGGAACAGGAUGAGAAGAUCAUGCAGGGAUGUCCAUCCAGAGCCAUAUUAUUAAGAAUACUUACUGCCUGUUUACUGGUUCUCAAUAAGAAGGCUAUUUUGGCGAAUUUUGUCAGGGAUUCUUUAGUGGAAAGCUGCCAAUGUGAAAAUAUACUUUCAAAGAUUUCAAAUAUCUUCAAGAUAUUCAAAAUCUGGAAUUUUUUAGGAAUGGUUAAAACGAGGUGUGCUGAUUUUUGCGCUUGUAGUCAAAAUUCCAUUUCAUGCAUUUCUGUAAUAUUUUGAUACAUCGUUAUUGGUUUUAUUACUAAAAUGUUGGCAUUUGUUUGAAUUUCGUCGUCUGGUGAAACUGACGUGUGGAAAUUGUUGCUUGUUUAUUACAAAAAUAAAAAUGCGAGUCAGUUUACUAAAUUAGCCAACCUCAA